AUGAAGUAUCAACAAGCCCUAUUAUUUUUAGUUUUACUGGUCGUCACUUGUGUGAUGGCACUCCCAAGUGGAAUGAAUAUGCUACCACCUCCUCUUACUAUCCCCCGCCCCUAUAUCACCCUCACUUGCGAUGAUGUCGCAGUUAAAUGUAUCAAAUACAAUCCCUUCAAUACUGGGAACUGGCCAUCUCCCGGAACAUGUGCAAACUCAUUUGCUGACAAAAAUGGCACCCUCUGUAGUCAAGGAAGAUCAUGCGAUAUUAUAUUAAUGGCUGCUGUUGAUAGCUGCAUAGAAUCAUUCCGUCGGGUAUCUCUGGACGCUGGAAGUAGCUACCCGAUCCCCGUUUCUAUCCAACGUUGUAUUUAUUUGGUUGCUGCAAACUUUGGAUGUGAAAAUUUAUAA